UUACGAUCGUUCGUUCGUUGAUUGGAAGUCCAAAUCCAAAUCCAAAUCCAAAUCCAAAUCAAUCCGCUUUCUUCUUCUUCUUCUUCUUCUCUCUCUAUCGCUAUUUGUCCGCUGUCUCCGCUAAAUUCUCUCCCUCCCUCCCUCCGCCUUCAGAUCUGGACGAGAAGUCGAGAACCCAAAAAACACUACCAACUGAAUUCUCGUUCUUGCCGAUUUCACGCCAAAAUCCAAACCUUCUACUUGAAUCCUAAUAACCACCAUGACCGACAAUCAGCAACCGAAGCACGUUGAUAAAGCAGCUCCUUCUCCUUCAGCAGAAUCCAAGACCCCCGACUACGCCCCCUACCCAAAGCUCGAUCCUAAAGACGUCGCACCCCCUCCCGAGAACUGGGCUGACGUUUCCAUGACCGGCGGCUCCGCUGCUGCUGCUGCUCCUCCUCCUCCGCUGUCGUCGGCUGCUUCUCACCCUGCUCCUCCCGGUCCUUCUCCCAUCCCCGGCGACGCUGCUACUACUAUGCCGGCCGAGUCCAAUCCUUACGUCUCCCCUGCCCCGGUCUCCAAGAACAAGAUGGAUGCGAUGAAAGACGUUCUAGGGAAAUGGGGGAAGAAGGCGGCUGAGGCGGGCAAGAAGGCCGAGGAUCUUGCUGGCAACGUCUGGCAACACCUGAAGACGGGCCCUAGCUUUGCUGACGCUGCCGUCGGAAGGAUUGCUCAAUCCACCAAGGUGCUUGCUGAGGGUGGUUACGAGAAGGUUUUCAAACAAACGUUUGAGGGUCUUCCCGAUGAGCAGCUCACCAAGACAUAUGCCUGCUACCUAUCCACCUCGGCUGGCCCUGUCAUGGGGACUUUAUACUUGUCUACCGCAAAGCUUGCAUUUUGUAGCGACAAUCCUUUAUCGUACCAAGUUGGUGAUCAAACUCAAUGGAGCUAUUACAAGGUUGUUAUCCCAUUGCAUCAACUGAAGGCUGUUAAUCCAUCAAUUAGCAAGAUCAACUCAUCCGAGAAGUACAUCCAGAUAAUCUCUAUCGACAACCAUGAGUUUUGGUUGAUGGGUUUUGUAAACUAUGAGAGCGCAGUGAAAAAUCUUCAAGGAGCAGUCCCCCAUCCCAUCUAGAUUGCCAGACCAGCUAGCAAAGCGCCAUGGGAACCAAUGAUGAUCUUGGAAAAAAAAGGUUUCUGUAGACGAAGUCCAUCUAGCACCAGCAUGUGAAGAUAUGUAGGCGAAAAGAACCCCACAUACAUUUUUCUUAUACAUUUGUUUCGUUCUCUCCUGGUUGUUACACCCUUACAUAUUCCUCUGGUUGAACUCUCUGGAUUGUACAUGAUCUUGUACUAUUCUUGUCAGACACUGAUUACAGUUUUAUUUUGUAAAGUAUGCUUGGGUUAAUUGCAUGUUUGGUCAUUGGGUUUACUAAAAAGUUUCAUGUUUA